UAAAAGAGUCAUCUGUCUUGGCUCUUCUGAAUCUUUUUGGCUAAAGAUUCUCAAAACUUUUGAUUUUAAGUACUACUAGAGUAGGUCUUUCUCAAACUUGAGAACAACACAAUCUUUUUUGAAACUUGAUGUGCAAUUCUUGAAGUUGAAAAAUGUCAUCUUUUAGUGGUCUUGAGAUUGGUUUGUGUCUUUUCUUUGUAUCCAUCUUCUUGGUUCUUUCUGCUGAACUUUAUUAUCUUCUAUAUUGGAAGAAGUUCUCCAAGAAUAAACAAGAUAUUGAAAACCAAUAUUUUUCAUCUUCCAAUAGUACCCCUAAUACACUCUCUUCUUCAUGUUGGAAAACCUCAAAAUCCUUUCUCUCCCAAGAAAAAGAUUUGCAAACCCAUGUCAAACAACAUGAUUCAGACAUGGGUUUGGCCAAAGAUUUGGUGUCAAAGAGUUUAGGAGAAGAAAGUUUGGAUCUUGAACUCAUGAGGUUACAUAACUUAGGUGGGCCACCAAGGUUUCUUUUCACAAUUAAUGAAGAAACCAAAGAAGACUUGGAAUCAGAAAGAAGCAAAAUGGGGUCAAGAACAAGAAGCAUGAGUGACAUUCUUGAUACUUUAGAUACACCAUUUUUGUCUCCAUUAGCUUCACCAGCAAUGAAGGUCCCCCAUCAACUAAAUUUUGAAGCUUAUAUUCAACAUGGGUUGAAUCCUUUGUUUGACUCCAAUGAAUUUGUAAUGAACAAGAUAAGAUCUUCACCACCACCAACAUUCAAGUUCUUGAGAGAUGCAGAGGAGAAGCUUUUGAAAAGAUUGAUGCAAAUGGAAAGUGAGAAAAAGGCAAGUUUCAAGAAAAUGGAUCAAGAUUUCUCUCCAAGAAAAACAGAGGAAAAAGAUGGCUCCUUUGUGAAAAUGGUUGUAAGUAAGGGCAAUAUUGAAGGAGGGAAUCCUCAAGUUUCAACAAAUUCAAAGGUUACUCCAUUGACUUGCUCUCCAUCAACAACAAUGGUUACAAUUGACAAGAAAUGGUGAAUGGUGGAUUAACUUAUCAUUUUCUAUUUUUCAUUAAGUUAUAUAUAUAUAUAUAUAUAUAUUAUAAUUAAUAUUAGAAAGAGAUCAAGGAGUUAUAAUCCAAUAGAUUCUACACAGGUUUAGUUUAAUCUAAAUUGUGAUUUGCCAAUGGCAUAGCAUGUUAAAUGAUAUAGAAAAUAGUAGUUAUACUAUUCUACUAGUAAUAAUGGCAAUUGUCAUAACAAAGCUUGCAGGUUAAACAAAGAUU